GCAUGCAAAGAUCGUAGCUUGAAAAUAGCGCAAUCUGAAAUGUCUUUCUCUCGUCAAAUUUUACAGCCUCGAGCUGGUACAUACAGAGCUGUAACUCGCAGUUCAGGACUUGUACGAUAUCGUGGAGCAGUUUUAAGGAAUUCAUCUCCUCUAACUUCUUCUCGAACAUUUACUGCAGCUCGUCGAUUAUGCAAUGUUGAAACUACUAUUCCCCCGCCUCCACCUCCACAACCCUCAUUUCUCUUACGAACUCUCACUUUCUUUGGAAUUGCUAUUGUCUUCACAUCUGUAGGCUUCUCAAUAGCUGCUUAUCCAGCCUUCAAAGCCGCCAAUGCUAUACUUGAUCCCCCAUCUGAUGAGGAGUCCCUUAAAUUAUAUACACCAACCGAUGCAAAAUCUAUAGAAGUCGAAGCCUAUAUAAACAAUCAUCCAGUUGCGAAGGAACUACGAAGCCGACCCGAAUUCACAGAAUCAAGGCCACACAUGAAAAUCCCAGAAUCACAGCGAGGACAUAAUCUUACAGGUGGAACAUUAAUGGGCCCGGGACGUGUUCAAGUACCGCCAUUUGUAUGGACUGAGGCAGGCGGGAAAUCUCUUGUGUCAAUCUCAUACCUAGGAGAAGAUCUUUGUGGACAUCCAAAAAUUAUACACGGAGGAUUUCUAGCCACGAUGUUAGACGAGGGACUAGCACGAUGUUGUUUUGGUGCAUUGCCGAAUAAGAUUGGUAUGACGGCUACUUUGACAGUCAAUUAUAAAGCACCUACACCUGCAGGAACUUUUGUAGUCUUGAGAGCGGAGACUACGAAAGUCGAGGGCAGAAAGGCUUGGGUUGAAGGAAGAAUUGAGACUCUAGUUGGGGAGGGAGAGAAACCGAAUGUCUUAUGUGAGGCAAACGCAUUAUUUAUUGAACCCAGACAGGCUAAGAUGAUGGCUAGAAUAUACCCGGUCUCAUAGAGUGUUGUAGAGAACGUCUCCUCAGUUGAAGGUUAAAGGGGACCAAGGUUGUCAAGUAUAGACAAAGGGUGUGCAUUCAGUGUUCUAGACGCAUAUAUGGUUAGACAAGAAGCAUGAGAUCUAGAUUUUACUUGUAGAAUCACCUAGUGACCUUGCUUAUCUAGAAAGAUAUUAGACUUAUGGCCUUAUUUUAUAUCUACCAAUUUCCAAUCUCCA